AUGGGAAGCAAGUGUUGCAAAAGUGAUACAUAUCGUACAGAAAUGGUUAGUGAAAUUAGAAAUUUUAAUUUUAAUGAUCCUUAAUAAGAAUUUCCACUUGAAUAGAGAGUUAUCAGAGAACUUAUGUUAGACACAAAAACAGUAUACUAAUUACAAAUAUGCUUAAAAAAAUUUUUGCUUGAGAAUGCGUUUUUAAUUAAGGAAGAGAAAAUUGAAGUGUAAGAUAAGGGAAUAGUAUCAAGAAUUUCAGCACCUCCAUUAUUGGAUUAAGUUUGGCAAUUAGCAAUUUUAUAUUCAUAAAAUUACAUUACAAUUUGUAAAAAACUUGUAGGAUGUAUAAUUGAUAGAGAAUACAAUUAACAAAAUAUGCAUUAAAAAAUUUUGAAAAGGAUGUUACCUGAAUAUGAUGAUAAAAUGUAUUCAAUAGAAUCUGAGUUUAUUAUUUGGAUAAAUUCAUAUGAAUUAGAACAAGUAAUGAUAGAUAUCCACAACUUUAUAGUGAAUGAAGAAACAUUAUCUUUUGAAUUGAUUUUACAUUUAAUGAUGUAGAUGAAAUUAAAUUUAUGUAAAAAAGAAACAAAGAAGUUUCAAAUAAAAUAAAUCAGUGAUAAGAAUAUUGAAAUUGUAUUCAAAAAAAUACAAUAAUUGAUGCCUCGUGAUUUAGAAUUGAUAAUAAUGCAUAAAUAUUGUUUAAGUCAAUAAUUAGCUAAACAAUAUAUUUAUGAAUAUUGCCAUUUUAUGACAAUGUUGAAAUACUCUCAAACUGUAUUAGUUCCUAGUGAAGAGGUUGAUUAAGUUUGGCACACUCAUUAAUGUAUGACAAAAUAAUAUCGCUAGUUUUGCUAUGCAAUCUAUGAAAGAUUUAUUUAUCAUAAUCCUGCUAAUUUAGGAAAUUAAACUGUAGUUUAAGAUUUCUAUUCACAAACACUUAUAUUUUAUAAAAGAAUUUUUAAAUAUGAACCAGAUUCUUAAAUAUGGCCUUGUAAAGAGGAAAGAUGGAAUCCUUAAAACUGUUUAGGAUCAUGGGUUAAUCUUUAUAGAUUAUCAAUGAGUAUUAUCCAAUUAAUAUAAGAAAAGCUUCAACCUACUUCUAAAAAUAUUCUCUAAAAAUAUUAAACUUGGAAAGGUACAAAUGUUUUUAGAGAUCAAACUUAAAUUUAGGUUGAAAAAUCAACAGAAAUGACUUAGAGUGCUUUAUAAUAUUAAAAUUAUGAAGUUGGUUGCUAUAGUUUAUCUGAAUUAGAAGAAGAUAGAUUUUCAUAAAAUCAGAAGAGAAAUGAGUUAUUUUUUGACGAUGAUGUCAUCAUCAACUCUAUUUAGUGA